GAAGAUCCACUGAUGAUUGCUCGGAAAUGUCUAGUGGUAAAAGAGCGACGAGACCCGUCAGACAAUUGUCGUUGCAGCAACCUGCACCGCGUCGGCAGCACAUUAGACGACAGAAAUCGGCGGAGGAUGAUUGUAGCAAAUCCUUGCAGAUCUACGCGAAUCCGAUCGCGCGCGAUAGACUAGCCACAAAUGCGACGGACAAGCCCAAGGUACGAGUCGCCUGGGGCGACGAUCGUCGCGGAUGCGAUGGUCUGGCCCAGGUGGAGGUGGUGGCUCGGCAGAUCCCGAGCCGAUCUAGACCAACUACAGGCCGAUCUAGCAGGUCUUAUGCCACGGAGAAGGCGUCGAUUCUCUACUCGCGGCAGGAGCUGGCCGAAAGGCUGCGGCUCGCGUGGAAGCAUCGCGAGCAGAACAAAGCGAACAUCGACAUUUUCUUGGCACAUAACGUGGCCGUAGAGGAGCGCUGCGAAUCUGGAUUGUCAAUGUCCACUCCGCCAACUCCGCUCCCCAAAGAGGAGGCUGAUCUUAUGCCAGAUGAAGAAAGGAGCCCGCAAAAUCUGAAAAUAUCUGGCAAUUCAGGAGAUCGAGGAAGGAAAACGCGUGAAAUCGAGCACGAAGAUGAAAGAGAACGCGACGGGAAGCUGGAGAUUUCGUCUGGAAUGAUGGAAAACAACUUGAUGAACAAAGAUGAAAAUGUGACGAAGAGCGUGGAAAAAAAAGGAACGGAGAACGAGAAAACAACGAACACGCAAAUUAAUUCGGACGUUGAUGAGAGAAAAAAGAAGACGAAGAUAAACAUCGAUUGCACGAAUCUUCAUCUUUCUGCAAGCAAUCAGUCACAUCCUUCAGUUACCUUUCCGUCCCUAAAACCGGAAAACGCGGAUUCAGCGAAGACCAACGACAAUUUCUCGUCGGCGAAGCAGAAGCGCGCGAGUUUUCAGAACGGUACCAAUCGUGCUUUUCUGAUACCGAUGACGGAGAAAACUCCGAAGGAGAUGACGGAAGCGAAGGAUAAGAUCGCAUCGGCGAAAUCGAUCGAGGUCAGAUGCGCCUCGGCCGCGACGAGAUCGCCGGUCGACAGGAACAUCGUCCUCGCCAGAAGUUCGUCCACGACGAGCUUGGAGAAGACGAGGAGGACGAAUUCCGCGCCUCCGCAAAGAAGAAAUGUCGCACCUGGGACGCGCGUUCAAGUAAAUAUCGUGAUCGAUGCGCCUGGUCUCGGCGAAGACAAGUCAACCGUUUGCGGAAAAGUGCAGGAUGAAAAAGACGCUGUGGAAAAACUCGAGGAAGCAUCGACGAAGAUAUCGCGAGGCGAGCGCUCGAUAAGAUCGGCGCCUCUGAAGAAGAGAUCGAGGAGCGCGAAGAGACGCCUUCUCGCUUCGGGCAAGGACGAGGAUCGCGGAGGACGAGGAAAGAGCUCCAUGGAUCCCAGAACGAGUGACGUGAUUACCAUGGUAUCGCUGGUCAGUUCGGCUGAUAGCGACAGCGACGCGGAAAACUCGCCAGGCGACGAUAAGCUCAUCAACGAGCUUCGCAGCAAGCUACCCACUACCCCCAUCAUUAAAACGUCCCUCAACCCCAAUCCCGCCAUAUUAAGGAAACCUAUCAAGUCAGUCUCCUUUCAGAGAGACUCCUUCGACGAGGAGCCGAUGAAGGACGAGAAGCGGGUCGCCAAUAAUGUUCAACCUCCUUACUUCGGCUUCGCUCUUAACGUCGCGCACGGAACCAGCUGCAAGGAUUCACCGGAACAGGAUUUAGUUCUCGACGACAUCGUCGCGUCACCGACGAUGACAGCCGUUCCCGCGCUCUUAAUUUCGCAGGAUGCCGAGAAAGCGGUGCCAGAGGCACCGUUGACCGAUCGCGAGAAGAGAUGUCUGGCGGUGCCGAUCGGCGAUCUGCAUGACAAGAAACGGAAGCUGCUGCGAACGCGGAGUAUUCCAAGUCGUCCGACAAUAACGGAAUCGACGAAUAAUGUACCGAUGGAAACGAAGGAGCAGAGGUCCUGUCUGGCGAUGUCGCGAAUUGAUCUUGUCGCGGUUCCAAUUCCGCCAAUUGAUAUUCCGCUUUCAAAGCAGGUUGAACACUUUUCUAAAGAAACAUUGCCGGCGAAAGAAACACCGCGAGAGAUGAUGCCUUCGGAGCCGCACUUUCAAACGACGAAGGAAAAAGAAUGCUGGCAUCUUUACAGACGAAUGUGCGAUAAGGGAGUGUGCGUGUCUUUCGACACUGUUUUAAGAGGUAUGCUGACACCAACGGAAUAUCGAUUACGACAAAAAGAAUAUUCACAAGAUUUACAAUAAAAUUAGUAAAAACAUGAGAUUGUUUUGUUAUAAUGUUUAGAUACUUUUUUAAUUAUAGAUAACCGAGAUUAUUUUUAUCUUCUUGAAUCGGUCAGUUAUCCAGAGAUGAUAGA